AUGAGCCGGUGUUCGCAGGUCGUUCAAGGACUCAUCAAAGCGUUCAUGAUUCACGCAGCUCCAACAAUCCCAACAGCUCCGAUUGACAAGACGCCCCCGAGGUCGGCCUUUAACUGGCUAGUAGCCCUGAGCGAGAAUUCAGAAGGCAACCAGGAUGAGCUACCAUCAAGGAGCGACUUGUGUUUGAGGUUCACAGUGUGCCACAAGUCAUGCUCAAUGUCAACAGAAAGGGAAGCUGAGGAAUCUGGGGUUCAAAAAGCCAUUAGUGGGACAGCUAUGCU